GAGUGGGCCAGAAACUACGCAAAGGUUGCGCCCGAGGGAUACGAUAAUAGCUGCUUCAAGGCAUUGAAGGAUGGUGUCAGUAGGGUUAUCUUGUCUACGGUUGGGGAGGGACCCAUCAGGGCCAAUGAUACACUGAUUAUAACAGAU